GAUGAACUCUGUACUCUGUAGUGUAUUUCAAAAUUUAAUAAUUUUCUUAACUAUAAUAAUAAUAAUUAACAUAUUUUAUAGCAAGUAAUUUAACUUUUAAGCAGCAUAUUUGAAUAUUUCUGUUCGAUGAUUUAAUACAACAAUUAUAUAACUUAUAACAAUUGAAAAUAGAUUUACAAAUUUAAACUUUAGUGAACUGUUAUCCAUUAGUAAAUCAUUAAAUUGAUUAUUAAGAAUAUUAUUUCAGUUUCUGUUGUAGGAUGAAUAUUCUAAUUUUAAUUAUUUGGUAAAUCAAGAAUACUAUUUACCCUAGAAUAGUUGUUACUCUAAAAAUUGAUUUUUAUAAUGAUUUGUUAAUGAUAAAUAAACAAAAUUAUUUGGGAAAAUAUUUGAACAGUAAAAUAUUUUCGUAAUGGCUGAAAAAGCCGCUCAUCAUACAACAACUAUUAUAAGUCGACCUUCAAUUUUUGAAGUAAUCGCACAAGAAAAUCUAUCGUCAACAAUUUAUCCAGCAUUAAAAAAAAUUGUUCAUUAUAUUACUAAUAAAAAUCCUGGUAAAUUGGAAUGGCUAGACAAAUAUUUUGAUGAAGUAUUUCUAGCACUUAAUACUGUAUGUCAGUAUCAAUAUUUAAAGAAAUAUGGAGGAACAUUCUCUGAAAACUUUUAUGAUUUAACUAGAGUUUCUAGUAUAACCAAUUCUAAACCUGACAUUAAUCAGUUGUAUUUGGGCUUAGCUUUAGUGGUUUGUGUACCUUAUCUACGAAACAAAUGCGAUAUGUAUAUCGAUAAAUUACAAAUGAAGUAUAAAUUGCAGCUAAAACAUAAAGUAUUUAUAACAUUAAAUAAAAUUGUGCAUACAUGUUGGGAAGCAUUACGUUUAACAUACUAUAUAAAAUAUAUUAAUGGAUCCAGUCAAUCACAUUCGCCUUUAUUAACUAUGGCAGGAAUGGUAUUAACUUAUAAGAAUAUUGAAUCUUCAAAUAAUGAAUCGCUUGCUCAAUUAAGUAUCAAAGAAUCAAUUAAAAAUUAUUUAUUGUAUGGAUUAUCUCAUUCCUUGGAGUUAGGUGCAUUUUUUAUGCAGUUUUUAAAUUGGUGGCACUCUGAAAAUUUACAAUCAAAAUUUAUUGCCUAUCCUAUACCUAAUCCUCCGAAGGAAAAUGAUAUGUAUAUUUCAGUCAGAAACACUAAUAAGUGUCCUAUAUGUGAAAAUGAAAGAAAAAUGCCAACUGCACUUACUGUAUCUGGGUUUGUAUACUGUUACAAGUGCUUACAUAAACAUCUCGUGGGAGUAAAUUCUAGAUGUCCAGUUACUAAAUUACCAGCAUCAACGCAGGAUAUGAUAAGAAUUUAUACAGAUAAUUAAUUAUUGAACAUAACAUAAUAAUUAUAAGUGAAUGGUAAUUGGUUAAUUAUUUUAUUUGAAAUUUGCUUUGUUUAUCAAAUAAACAUUAAUAUUUUAAUGUUUUGAACUGCUAUAUAACAUAGGGGUCAAAGUAUUCAAUAUACUUUCAUACCAAAUCAUUCAAAUCGGAACUAACUUAAACUCAAUGUUGGGUAGUUACAUAAUGCAAACUACUUAAUGUAGAAAUUACUUUUGCAGUCAUUUUAUUAUGUUUUAUUUAAAUUAAUGCAAUUGUAACAAAAUUACUUUUUAAAUGUAAUGUCUAUGAAGUAACUUAAUAUUUUUACUUUAUUAAAAUAAGUUAUGAAUGUAGAAUAUAUGACAAAACCUAGGGACUAGGGUAUUUGAGAAAAAUAAAAAAAAUAAAUGUAAUUUA